AUGGAGACAGCGAGACAUAUUAACGACCUUCCCGACGACGUCCUCGCUAGGAUACUACUAUGGCAUUGUGCGGAGUCUACUACACCUUCGAAACCCGACAGUGACACGUUAUGUUUUCUCAAUCACCUCGCAUGGGCGUGUCCUAAGCUCAAGAUUCUCCACGUGGAACGCUGGAUCACUCACGAUCCGGACUAUGUCGGACCGAAGGAAGAGCACCCGAUCACCGAGGCUGGUCUGGAUCGCUUCUUCCAGCGAUGCACUCAGCUGGAGCAGCUUUCACUGCUCUGCCUCCAUCGGGACACUGAGCUACCCGCUUCCUUCUUCCGCCUCACGCGUCUGCACACCCUGGCUUUAACAGCCGCCUCCGCCUUAGAAGCUCCAGAUUUGGAGAGCCUCAGCUCUCUCACCAAUCUUCAUAUGACCUGCAGGGAGUGGGAGCAACUCUCGAGUGUACGUCGUCUUUCCAGCAUCACCAGCGUUUCACUCUCCGCCGGGCCCACGUUUGAUGUCGGAUUGCUGUCGGAUUGGCCACUAACCAGUCUAGAACGGCUGCAGAUAUCACGUUGCAGAGAAUUGAGGCGGCUUCCGGACGCCAUUGCGGAGUUGCUGCCGCGUCUGCGUGAGCUGACCGUUUCCAGUUGCGAGGCCUUGGAGGAGCUGCCGGAGGAUUUCUGUUCCCUGGAGCACCUGGAGACCUUAUUAAUCAUCGAUUGCGAGCGCUUCAGCUGCCUGCCUGAAAACAUCGGGAGUUUGACUGCCAUGAAAACCCUGGUUCUGGAUAGUCUGCUGCUGCUGGCAUUCCUCCCUGACUCCGUCUGUCAGCUCAGCUCCCUGGAGACCUUCUUCCUGCUUCCAGCUCUCUCGUGCUCAUUUGGCGAGCUGCCAGCAGACUUCUGCUGCCUCACGGCUCUCACGACGCUCUGCCUGGGGGGAGUGGCACUUCCAGCGGACAUAGGACGCCUGAGAAACCUCCACACGCUGCUUCUCAGAGACAGCUACCUUUCUCGGCAUCUCCCGUGCUCGUUAUCGGAGGUCGCGUCGCUGACGAGGCUUGAGCUGAACGAGUGCGACGUGGAGUUGCUGCCAGAGGGCGUGUGGUCGCUCAGCAACCUGCGUGAGCUGCACCUCUCGUACUGCUGUGAGCUCACGGCCCUUCCAGCGUCCGUGACGUGCCUCACUGCCCUUGAAGCUCUCUCUCUCGCUGACUCCCCAUGUCUGGCCUCGGUGCCCACAAGGCUGGACGGCUUGACACGGCUCAAGCAGCUGGAGGCUGCCCGAUGUGACAUGCUCAUACGGCCUCCUCUAGUCCUGCCGGCUUCCAUAGAAUGGCUGAGUUGGAGAAGUAGCUGGAGUCAGAAGCACGCCAUGGCUCUGCUAGACGUCUCCACGCUGACAGGGCUUCGGACGCUCCGCCUGGACAAGGUUUCUGUGGCGUGUGGGGUCGCUGUGAGCAGGAGCCUGUCGCACCUGGAGCAUUUGCAUCUGAAUUUGGCAGGCGUUGCAGAGGAGCUUCCAUUCCCUUUGACGUUCCUCUCCCGGCUGCGCACCUUGAUUAUUGACAGCGCAUGGAGUCUCCAAAGGUUGCCGGCCGACAUCGGGUCAGCACUGCCGCAGCUGCGGAAGCUGAAGCUGGUAAAUGCGCACGAGUUGAGGGAGCUGCCAGCGAGUGUGGCAGAACUUGAGAACCUCAAGAGCUUGGUUUGCUACGCGCGCAAACUGGCUUCUCUGCCGCAUGCCAUCGGUGCUUUAUCCAGGCUGCGGGAGCUGCACCUGAUUGGCUGCGAGCAGCUUGAGCAGCUGCCUGCCUCUCUCACCCAGCUUGCCUGCCUGAACAAGCUGUCGAUCCGAGACAGCCCCAUCCGUUCCCUAUGUUCCACCGCUGCACAGUUCACGCGGCUCAAAUCCCUCGAUCUGUCAGGCUGUGUGCAGCUGGAGGCAAUGCCGGGGGAUUUGAGUGCGCUGAAGGCGCUGCAGGAGCUGAGAUUGUUCCAGACGAGGCUUGUGAAGGACACUGAUGGGUCUGUGCUCUCCAGGAGCAUGAAUGAAGAGUAUUGGCGGAAAAAAAUUGUAUUUAGGUAG